AUGCCCUCAUCCACCCGGGCAGCCCUGUCCGCGACAAUGGACCUCUCACAGCUCAAUCUACCAAAUGUGCCGUCGGAAGACAGGUUCUCGGGCACCGACGGGGUCAGCAAGAACGGUUUCGAGCUUGUCAACAUGAAGGGGGAAAGCAAUGGACGCGUUGCAAGCCUGGUCGUGUACAGACAUGACAGCACGCUGAAGGGCAUGCUCACUUAUACGAGUGAGUCUGGGGAGGUGAGAAGCAGCGAAAAUGCCUUCAGCCUACAGGAUGAUGGCUCGACGCACGAGUACGUUAUCGGCUACACGCUGACCAAGGGGACGGGUGGCGAAGGAGGGGUGUUCGUGUGCGAGGACGGCAAUCUAUUGUUUGAGAAGACGCUCCAGGAGCUCAUGUUGACAGACACAGACGUGACCAAUGUUCGCGUCGGGUAGGUACUUUGCAGAGACAGAGACACAUAUAAUAAUGGUGGAUUCAUGGUUUCGUGGUGUGUCUCUGCGUGUGAAAUAUGUGUCUGUAGGUACGUCACUUGGGGAGCCAACGUGCAAGGACAACUCAGCCUUGAUCGCAUUUCGAUGUACGUGCCAUCCCUCCCUGACGUGUACGUCAACGCACAGACGGGAGCAGACACAAACGAGGGCACUCAAGACAGCCCCCUCGCAUCAAUAGUCCGAGCAGCAGAGGUGCGACUGACACAAAUGAGAAAACAGAGACGCCUGACGCCAUGUAUUGUCCCGCGUGUGUCUCAUCGAUUUCAGAUAGCACGGCAGGGCACGACCGUCCACAUUGCCAAGCGAGUGUAUCGAGGAGCAUUGAAGCUGAAAGGCAAUGGCGAACCCGGCAAGCCCAUCCGAUUUGUUGGCGAGGAAACCAGGGACACAGCCAUUGUCGGGUCGAUCCGUGCUGAGUGGGUGCAGCAUGGGCGUUGUAUGGGGCAACGUGCAAUUGUGUUGUCACACAGACAGUUGUUCGUCUCUCAUCUGUCCUUUUUGCAGUGCGCUCGAGUGGACCUCAGAUCAAGCAAGCAUCUUCAAAGCUGAUGUGACAAAGUUGAAGGACGGAGGAAAUUAUGUCGGCACGUGGAGCCUCAGUCGAGCCCCGAGGUGGCUCUGUGAGACCAAGACAGCUGGCGUCUGCAGCAAGAAGUAUCAUGUCGCUCGGAGUCCUAACUUUCGUCUGCCGGACCCUCCAGAUGAAUACAAAUACUUGCAGGCAUGCAGCCGCAUCAACGAAUACAAAGGCUCUGGUUUUGUGGGAGGGGGAGGACGUUUUGCUGUUUUGUGUCAUUCGCAGCAUUGGUACGUGGCCGACGGAGGUAGUAGGGUCCCAAGCUGCGAUCCAUCCGCUGAGGAGGGCCCUGACCGAUUUUGUGACGAGAAUACGUGGUCAUUUAACACUAUGACCGAUGUCGAUACGUUUCCCGAGAGCGGAGAUCCUCAGCCAAAGGGGAACCUCAAGACGCUACCCGAUUUGGUUGGUGCCAUCAUAAUUGCGGUACGUCAAGUGACUCCCCGCCGAACAACCAGCUGGACAGUCACUUCUGACCCUUUGUUGCCUUUGCUUGUUCGAUCAUGCAGUCUAGCGGCAGAAAUGGCUUUUGGAACAUGCAAGCAGAAGUCAAGACACACGACAAGGAAGCCGGAAAAAUCACCAUCAGUAAAACAUUUACCACCUGUCCCUCUGUCUCACAAACGGAGAGUCGCUUUUCUUGUUCUGCAGACACCCAAGAAGCAAAUUUCUACUGCAGAGACCCAACGUACGCGAAAUACAUCAAGCAAUUCGGCUCCCAAUAUCUGAUUCCGUGCGAAUAGCUUUCCGGGAUUCCGUGCAUUUGCCCACUACUAUGUUGCAAAUAAAAUGGCCUUUCUCGACAGCCCUGGCGAAGUGAGCGUACAACACGGGAAAGAAGUAGGAUUUUCAUUGUGUCUCCCUCUGUGUGCGGCACUGUGUGCUUGUAGUAUUAUUCUGACGAGAGUACAGGCCUACUGUAUGUGUGGAAGCCAGACGACGUCGAAUGGAGCGAUAUAGAGAUCGUGGGGGACGCCAGCGAUCAGAAGAUUGCCCUCGACCUGACCGACAAGAGCUUUGUCGAGCUGUCGGGACUCACCUUCUCUUUUUUCGAGGAGAUGCUAAAGGAAACCUACCCCACCAGCAGAUCCUCUGAGCACAUCAAUGUCAACAACUGCCCCUUCCACAGCGCCGUGAAUGGUGUCUGGCUGGUUCGACGGCUGGAUCGGUCGAAGCCACACAAGAAGACGCGGUUCUGGAGCUUCACUGCCAACGAAUUUUUUCGACUCCGUUCUUCACUGAGGGCAACAAAAACGAACGAGGCCGCGACCCCGUGAACGGUAAGAGAGACUCGACUCUAUGAAGGGUGUGUGUUGUUUGGUUUGUGCUGUCGUUGUGCAGGCGAAGCUAGUGUGCGCGACUUGUACUUUAGCGGCAACAGAUUUCACCACUCCAGCUUCCCCUACGAGUGAGUGCUCAAAUAAGGGCGUGAGUGCCCGUGUGUGUCAUCUUGGCAAAUGAAUGUGUGUGUGCAGGUACCCGCUGUAUAAGGUGAAUACAGACGCAUUGCGUAUGGUCACGUUUUUACAAAUGGGUUUUACAAUGCAGGUGGGGAAGCCGUCACACACCCCUGCAGCCGUCACGUUCCAUUUCGCAACGAACAUCACAUUCGUCCACAACACUAUCGAGGUCACGUCGUUCGCAACGCUGAAGAGAGACAUAAAGCUGUCUCCUGUGUCCUUUUGCCUCAUUAGUUCAUGCCUUAUUGCAGGUGGUUGGAGGGUAUGCACUUCAAUGUAGAUACGGACAACAUGGAGAAACUUCAGAUGCGUUCAAAUAUCCUGAGAUUCACCCAUCUGCUCAUGGUGACAAUCUCAUCGCGUGGAACACAUUCAACAGAGCAGCCGAAAUGAAGUCGGAUGCGGGUGGGCAGAGAGAUGGAUGGACCAUGGGGCAGGCAGCGCAGAGAUGGAUACACUUACUGCUUUGCAGGCACAGUAGCUGUUAGGUGA